GCAGAGAUUGUACGAAAGGGAUUGAAUAGUAUCCACAAAAACAAUAAUAGGGCACAAACUUCGCGCCCUUCGCGCCAAAAAGUCAGAACGUGGGUCGUAGUUAAAAAGAACUAUUAAUUUCCUUGAUUAUUCCGUUUGACGACUUGUGCUCGGGCAAAUUUAAUCAUGAGUGAUAUAGAGGAAAAAGUUGACGCUGCUGUCUGUCAAGUGGAAAAACAAAACGAAAAAGAAUCGAUGAACGGUGUUGAGCAGAUCAAUUCAAAGACAGAUCUGACACCGUAUUUUGUAAAUACUGAUCAUAGCAUCAACAAAGUACACAUUUCAAAAGUACCAGAAAUUUGUAAAACCGAACCAUGUCAAUUAGGAGUAGAUGAAGCUGGCCGAGGCCCAGUGCUAGGUCCAAUGGUAUAUGGAAUUUCUUAUGCCCCUUUGAGCAACAAGCAGUUGCUUAUAGAUUUGGGAUGUGCAGACUCAAAGAGCUUGACAGAAGAACAGAGAGAUGCAAUCUUUGAUGAGAUAUGUAAAAAUUCUGUAAAAAUGGGUUGGGCCGUAGAAGUGAUAUCUCCAAAUGUGAUAUCAAAUAGCAUGUAUCGACGCAGCAAAGUAUCCCUGAACGAAGUUUCCAUGAACUCGGCAAUAGCCUUAAUUAAGAAAACUAUAGAGGCAGGAGUAAAUCUGGCUGAAGUUUAUGUAGAUACUGUUGGAAAACCUGAAAAAUAUCAGGCAAUGUUGAAAGGAAUAUUUCCAGACCUCAAAAUAGUCGUUGCUAAAAAGGCUGACUCUACCUAUCCCAUCGUCAGUGCUGCUAGUAUCUGUGCCAAAGUAUCCAGAGACCACGCAUUGAGAGCCUGGCAGUUUAGGGAAGGAGAUAAUGAAAGCGAGUAUGGCAGCGGGUACCCAAACGAUCCAGUGACCAAAACGUGGCUGGCAUCAAACAUUGAUCAAAUAUUUGGUUUCCCACAAAUUGUCAGAUUCAGUUGGUCCACCGCUGAAAAAAUCCUGGAAACGAAUGCCAUACCUGUUGAGUGGGAAGAAAUCGAGGAAGAGGAAGAGCCAAGUACUCAGAAAAUAUCGAGAUUUUUUAGUAAAAUAAAUUCAAAGAAUGAAGUAAAAAGGAAGAAGCACAAGUUUUUUGUUGAUCGGUGUCUGUCCAACGCGAGCAGCUUGUGAUGAUUGUAUUAUAUAUUACAGCAAUGCAAUAAGUAAAAGUUUGACUGGUGGUAAUCACACCUCGGUGAACCUCUUUGGUUACAUUGAAACUGUACAAAGUUUGCAGGAUCAUAUCUGGAUAAUCGUCAGGACAUGGACAGGAUAUUAAAGAUCUGGUUAUUUGUUGAGAUUUUCCUGGGAUAGUCUUCCCUUUUUUACCUUGUACCUUGAUCAUAAUUGUUAUUGUCGACGAAUAAAUAAUUUUUUCAA